GUGCAAUCAGUUCUUUACUGUGCACGCACAUCGACGAGUCCAGCACGAGACACACAGAGAUCGGAGUAGCUAGAGCGACAAGCAGAUGAUCGCCAGUAGCACCAAAUCAGCAUCCAAUUCACUUUGUUCACCAACCAACAGCUAUCACAAGCCUCUCCUCCUCCCUCCUCCUUCCCCCCCCUCCAUCCAUCCAUCACCAUGACAUCACGCCUUGCAUGUUGCGAGUGUUCCCCUGGCGGCCGCCUCGUCCACCACUUGCUUGACGAAGUCGUUGGCCUCCAGCGUCCCUUUUGGCCUGUACUCCCGCAUCAAAUUGGCCUUGCGCAUGAUGCACCACAGAAUCGGCACCAGGAACAGAAGGGCCGCACCAGCGACGAACACCACGCAGAAGAGCCACAAGUCGAGGCCGAACUCCUUCUCAACGGUUUUGGCCAUCGGGGAAAACAGAACGACAGGAGGGAGGGAGAGGUGG